AUGAAGAAGCAAUACUGCACUACUAUGCUAGUUAGAUUAUUACUGGGAUUUCUCUUUGUUAUCAAUGCCCUAGGGCACUCGUCUGCAACAGAUAUUCUGGGUCAGAACGAGAAUCAAAAGGAGCUUGAUGCCACUAGAAUUAGCUCCACGUUCGCUGAAAAGGAAACACCUGAUGGAAGAAAAGCUCAUCAGUACCAUGUGAGGAAGCUAGGGUUUGGAGGGAAGAAGAAGUCAAUGGUGAUUCAUAAUAAAGAAUCAAAUAUGGAAUUUUCUGGGAAAGAAAAAGAUUCAUCAGAAGGAGGAGGAAGAAGGGCUUCAAAGAUUUCAGCUGAGGAUGAUGAUGCUUUGAAAAAAUCUAUGGGACGCCUACGAGAAGGAGACAAUCAGGAGGAUCAGAGCAUUGCACGUAAUCUCUCCGAGAGUACGAACUCAAACCAUUCACAACAAAUCUCUGAAGAAUCUCAUCGAGCACAUGACGGAGGAACUGAUAAUAAUACUCAGAAAGUCGAAGAGAAAGGCAAAAGGAGUUUCCAGACUGAAGAAGAAGAGGUUAUGAACUUCGUGCGCAUGGAUUACGGGGGAAUGGCUCGCCGCAAGCCACCCAUCAACAAUGACGAACCCAGAAAUUGA